AUGGGCCUCGCCAGAACUACUGUUGCCAUCGGCCUGCUUUCGGCAACCGCUUUUACGCUUACGGGAGGAAAGAUCAUGCCUCCCAAUGUUCUAGAUUGUUGUCUCAGGUUGGAUAGAGGACAUCCUGGACAACUGGUUUGGCCGUCUAGUAGCUCCUAUGCCGGCCUGGGCCAGCGUUGGUCAGAGGCAGCCCAGCUCGGACCUUCUUGCAUCUUCCAACCUAUAUCGGUGGACGAUGUAUCUACAGCUCUUCGGACAUUCAUGAUUGGCGAUUGCGCUUUUGCGGUCAAAUCCGGAGGCGGCGCCCCCAACGCCGGCGACAACGACAUUGAUAAUGGCAUCACCGUUGACCUUGGGGCUUUGAACGACGUCACUGUCGCAUCGAAUGGCCAAGUCGUUCAGACAGGAUCCGCGACCAUCUAUUACCAGAUCUUGAAGGCACUCGACCACACCGACAUUAAAAUUCCUGGUGCUUGCUGCAACUGGGUUGCCACCAGCGGUCUGGCGCUUACCGGCGGGAUCUCUAUGUUCUCCUCCCGUGCUGGAUUUGUCGCCGACAGCAUGGUCAACUUUGAGGUAGUAUUAGGCACAGGCGAAAUCAUCAACGCCAACGGCACACACAACUCCGAUCUUUUCGUCGCUCUGAAGGGCGGCGGCAGCAACUUCGGUCUCGUGACCCGGUUUGAUUUCGCCGCCCUUCCCAAAAGUCCGAUAUGGGGCGGUCAGAUCGUCUACCCUUUCGAGGCGACGAAUGCUGUAUUGGAGGCCUUGAGUGGGUUCGUCGAGGCCAAUGCUAAAGAUCCAGCAUCUGGAAUGAGGCUGGAGAUUAGCAUGAACAGCACGACGCGUGACGCCAAAAUCACCAGCUAUGUUUGGAAUACUAUGGGUUUACAGGCGCCCCUCGCCCUGCUACCCUUCACGCGAAUCCAGCCACAGCUGGCCAGCAAUCUUUAUCGAUCAUCUCUCUUGGACUGGAUUUCGCAUAGCUCGCCGGAGCAAUCGGCGCAUCCGGUUCGUCGGUCAAUGUUCGCCACAGUUACUGUCAUCAAAAGUCGGAGAGUCGUAAAGGCUAUCCAUGAUUGGACCAAAAGUCUAUUCGACCGCUACUCCCACCUCUCGGAUGUGAAAUGGCUGUGGAGUUUCGACCCUUUGCCUCGCUUCUAUCUGCAAAAUCAUGGACAAAAUGCUAUGGGUCUGAACAACACUCGCGAUGAUCUCAUCGUCAUCCUACUCAGUCCGACCUGGCUGUCUGCAGCCUACGAUGAGCUUAUUCACACAGCUUUGGAAAGCUGGGUGAGCGGCAUCAACAGAAUUGCUCAGUCGACUGAUCUCAGCCAUCCCUUUUUGCACAUGGGCUACGCCGCCCCGUUUCAAGACCCCCUACUAGCUAUGGGGCGAGUAGUCUAA